AAAGGGAAGCGACGUGGGCCAGACGCAAAGAGCUGGAGGCUGCUUCGUGAUCGUGACUCGUGGAUCCCAUAAACAAGAAAUUAACCCGAUGACUUUAAGACGCGUUAAUAACUAAAUGAAAUGCUGACUGAUGAAGCGUCAAAGGGACAGAGGAAUCUUAUCAGACGUGAUCACGGGGAAGAAUGGCUUUGCUGUCUCUGUAGCUAGCUAGCGUUAGCUUCAGGAUGGUAAACUGAGAUGAGCGAAGACAAUUUUUACGAGACAAGGACAAAAUAUACUGUGCACUAUCAGUAAAAUUCAGUGGAUUUUACGUUUAAGAAGAGUUGUACUUCACGUUUUCUCUACCUCGGAACGGAAAUGAAGAGUUGUGAGUACCAGCAGAUUGACCCCCGUGCGCUGUCCGUAUCCCCGCUGUCUGCCCAGAGCCAACCCGACACCAAAGCGCAGCGCCCGCGGAGGAAAUGGGAAGUUUUCCCGGGGAAGAACCGCUUUUUCUGCGAUGGACGGAUAAUUUUGUCCCGUCAGAGUGGGGUUCUCCCUCUCACUUUGGGCCUUAUAGUGAUCACCUGUGGCCUGUUCUUUGCAUUUGAUUGCCCUUUCCUGGUAGAGCACCUGACCGUCUUCAUACCUGUGAUUGGGGGACUCCUUUUUGUGUUUGUGAUCUUGUCUUUGCUCAGGACAAGCUUUACAGACCCCGGGAUUUUACCCAGGGCUACCCCAGAUGAAGCGGCAGACAUAGAGAAGCAGAUAGAUUCUUCGGGAUCCUCUUCAUAUCGACCCCCUCCCCGGACCAAGGAGAUCCUCAUUAACCAGCAGGUGGUAAAGCUCAAAUAUUGCUUUACAUGUAAAAUGUUUCGGCCUCCUCGGACCUCACAUUGCAGUCUCUGUGACAACUGUGUUGAGCGAUUUGACCAUCACUGCCCUUGGGUUGGAAACUGUGUGGGAAAACGCAAUUACCGCUUUUUCUACAGUUUUAUCAUCUCCCUGUCUUUUCUGACAUCUUUUAUAUUUGGCUGCGUCAUCACUCACCUUACCCUGCGUUGUCACGCUGGUAAAAGCCUUAUUCAAGCCAUUCAGGAGAGCCCUGCCAGUAUAGUGGAGUUAGUCAUUUGUUUCUUUUCUGUGUGGUCUAUUUUGGGCUUGUCAGGCUUCCAUACAUACUUAGUGGCCUCCAACCUUACAACAAAUGAAGAUAUUAAGGGCUCUUGGUCAAGUAAACGAGGUGCAGAUGAUUCUGGGAACCCAUACACUUACAACAGCAUCAUCAAAAACUGCUGUGCGACACUGUGUGGCCCUAUGCCUCCCAGUUUGAUUGACAGACGAGGUUUUGUGCCUCCAGAUGAGGCAGUCACUGCUUCUUGUACUUCAGAGAUUGAGCUGCCUCCAUUCACAGCCAAGAAUGACACAAACAUGUGCACACAGAGAACAAAGGACAUGUUGGAGAGGAUGCUGCACUCCUCUGACUUUCAUGCUGUGUGCCCAGCGGGACCUCCAAAGACCUCUCCUUUGGGCCUGGAGGCCUCUAGCUCCAUGGGCCCGGCCCGAGCGCCCAGCGUGUGCCCACGGCAUGCAGGCAGCCCCUGCACAGCCUGUGCCAGGAGCAGGAAGGACUCUUUGCACUCCAUCAAUCCAGCUUUCCGCUUGGCAUCACCCUCCCCUUCAUUGCCCCGUGUCAACUUGGCUCUGAGCGACACACAGGAAGAGGGGUUCAUCUCGCUUCCCUAGUAAUGGGUUGUAUUUAGAUAUUUAAAUGGGAUGAAGUCAUACUCAGAUGAAGGUCAGGAGCCAGUAUGCCUGUACCAGUUACAUUUUAUUUUUUUAAAUAUCUUGCAAAUCUACAGAUUUAAAAUUUUUUAGGGAUCAGAUUAAUCAUCAAUUAAUAUUGACUAAAGUAACUCUGCCUGCCCACAGUUAAACUCAUCAGAGCAAGAAAGUUAAGAGGUCAUUUGAAACCAAACAAUUGGUAUCUGGCUUGAUUUUCUAUCACUCUAGUAUUAUAGGGGAGGAGUAGUUCACAUUUGUAAGUGACAUAAAGUGCUGCUACAGUAUAUGUUGACAGUGUGUGUCCAGUUGGGUAUGGCAAUAUCAUAGACACUGGCAGAAUAAGUAAUCUUAGUAAAACUAUCAGCACAAAUAAGCAAUAUAUUUUAACACUGUAAAUUGUGCCCAGACCUUUACUCAAUGUAAAGCCAUAAACCAGACAAUUCUAACUUAUGCAAACCUCUCAACUCAAGUCACAAAUGAUGUUGGCUGUGCUGUGAUGUAGAUCAGGUGAAUGAGUGAAUCUUGUGUGUCUUUGGGCACUCACUUGUCCUGCCUCAUAAAUGGUGAUCAAUAGUUGUGAAGUUGAGAAUAAUAUUGAAACCUAGUUGUUGUAUGUGAAAAAUGGUGUGGUGAAUUUGCUACAUUUUUCUUUGUUUGCUGCUGCCUGCUGGAUCAUGGAUUGCAGUAUGUAUCACUAAGUUGGAAUUUCACAUUUGUUUGUUUAUUGUCUUAUACUCUCAUCGACAGAUCUGUGGGCGUUGUGACGAGGCUAAAGAGGCCUCAGCGCAGGUGGUCAACUCAAAUUCCUGACCUUUGACCUUUUCAUGCUAAAAUAUGAUCCACUCGAUUAUGGCCACUAGAGGUCGCUGUGUAACUACAAAUGUCGGGUCAACACUACCACAAAGGUUAAUGUCUUUCAGUGUUAUGUUUUGUUUCAAGUCACGUUUUUGAAUGUACCUUAGUGGUAAGUUAAAAAGAACCACUUUUACAUUAUCUUUACAAUUAAAGAAUCUGAAGCCUUUAGAGGUUUAGUUCAAGGUACAAGCUGUGCUUGUACAAAACAGUUUUGUAGAAUGUAAAUGUGAUAAAUAAACAUGUUUUAUAUUUU